AUGUCUCUCUCCAAGACUGCAAGUGUUCUCCUUGCUUCGGCUGCGCUGGUCGCAGGCCACGGAUAUGUCACGAGUAUUGACGUGGACGGCACGACUUAUGGAGGCUAUCUGAUUGAUACCUACUACUAUGAGUCCGAUCCUCCCGAGCUGAUUGCUUGGUCCACCACCGCUACCGACGACGGCUAUGUCGCUCCUACUGCAUAUGACAACUCCAGCAUCAUCUGUCACCGUGGUUCGGCACCGGCAGUUCUCUCUGCUCCUGUUGCCCCAGGUGGCUCUGUCAAAUUGACCUGGAGCACUUGGCCUGAUGAUCACCACGGUCCCGUCAUCACCUACAUGGCAAACUGCAACGGCAACUGCUCCGACGUGGAUAAGACCACCCUGGAAUUCUUCAAAAUUGAUGCCGGUGGUUUGAUCGAUGAUACUACAGUUCCUGGAACCUGGGCUUCCGAUGAGCUCAUCGAAGAUAGCUAUAGUCGCACUGUCACCAUUCCCACCGAUAUUGCGGCCGGUGAUUAUGUUCUUCGCCACGAGAUUAUCGCUCUGCACGGUGCUGAGGACCUAGAUGGAGCUCAGAACUACCCUCAGUGCAUCAACCUCAAGGUUACUGGCAGCGGUACUGCAACUCCCAGUGGCACCCUCGGUACCGCACUGUACAAGGAUACUGAUCCCGGUAUCUACGUCGACAUCUGGAACACUCUCAGCACUUAUAUCAUUCCCGGACCUACUUUGUAUACCGCUGGAAGUACUGCCACAGCUACCAGUGCCGCGACUACCAGUGCUGCUACUUCUAGUGCUACCACUACUAGCGCUGCCACCAGUGUUACCAGCGACGCUGCAGACACUACAAGCUCCGCUGCCGAGACUACCCUCGCAUCCCAGACCACCCUUGCUACUACUUCCCGAGCCGAGCCCACUGGCCAAGCUCAGCCUAACCACCCUGAGCGCCCCGUCGCCGGUGGUGCUUUCUCCAGCGCUUCUGAUGCUGCCGCCACUACUACCACCUCUUCUAGCUCAGCCGCUACGACCUCGGGUGUUCUCAGCGGUGCUUGCAGCCAGGAGGACUACUGGUACUGCAAUGGUGGAACCGCUUUCCAGCGCUGCGUUAAUGGCGAGUGGGAUGCUUCUCAGAGCAUGGCUGAGGGCACCGAGUGCACUGCUGGUAUCUCUGAGACCUUGACUAUCUCUGCUUCUUCUAAGAGACGCCGGGAGGUUGCUCACCUGCGCCGCCACCAUGUUCGCCUUGAUCUCGAGUAG